AAGGAAAACAUUUUGACAGUACCUAAUGUCCUGACCAGCAUUCGAAUUGUAUUGGCACCUGUGAUUGGAUACCUAGUACUGGAAGAAAGCUAUGGAAUAGCAGUCACUCUGUUUGGUAUAGCAGGCAUCACAGACCUGCUUGAUGGAUAUAUUGCAAGAAAUUUCAAAGGCCAGACAUCAGCACUUGGAAGUUAUCUUGAUCCAUUGGCAGAUAAGCUCUUGGUCAGCAUCCUUACUAUUACACUAACUGUCAUGAAUCUGAUACCAGUUCCACUGACGGCAUUAAUUCUUGCUAGAGAUGCUAGCUUAAUUGCUGGUGGCUUCUACGUGAGAUAUGUAUCACUGCCACCUCCUAGGACUAUUGCUCGGUACUUUGAUGUGAGACAUGCAACUGCGCAGCUGCAGCCAACUCUGAUUAGUAAGGUUAACACCACAGUACAGCUAUCACUUGUUGUGUUCACACUGACUGCACCUGUGCUGGGAUAUAUUGAUCAUCCCUACCUACAGGCACUGUGGUAUUGCACUGCAGCAACUACUGUUCUCUCUGGCCUUAGCUACAUGGUUCAGAAAGACACAUUCAGAAUUCUAAGCCAGCAGCAACGCCAGAACAAGUGAUUGACAUCGGAGAACGUUACUGAAUGUAUAUUCAACCGUGCUUGCAUGCAAUUAUUACUUGUUAUCAUCACAUGCGAGUAAAGUGAUCGUCAGUGACUCUCUGGCAAGUGAUACAAAUUUAGUGGUAGCAGUUUUAGUGAUCGGUAGGUGCAGCUGGUAGUAAUAGUGAUUGAUUAUAUAUAUGCCAUCUUUGUGUCACCAGCUGUCAAUCCAGUCCAGUCAAAGUGCCAAAUGUAGUCCAUAUAGUGUAAGUCCAUAAUGUAGUCCAUAAUUAGAAUAAAAACAGGUUAGGAACUUCUAAACUCUAUACGCGACACAAAUCCAUUACAUACCGUCCUUACCUAGCUUAUGUUAAUUAUAGCUAGUAUAUUUAUAUUAUAGUUCUGCUGCUGUUUCGUAUGGUGAGUUUUUGAUCAGUUUAAAAACGAAUACCUUUACAAAAUUAACACCACCCACAUGGAGCUAUCGUUGACUAUAGGCCGGUCACAGAUUGGACAGUGUUGUGUCAGCGUAUGAUCAAAGCACUGGACGCUAACGAUUAAUUUGUGUUGAGAUGUAAGUUACUUAUAGGUAAGACUUUCGUUAUUACAAAUAUGUUGGAAGCAGUUUUAUUCUUUGAAGUAUUGUUUUUAGAUCGUGUACAUCUUGUACUAUCAUUGGUAGCAAAACCAAUGUGAAUUGCAAUAAAAUUGUGAACAAUUUUAAAUUGUUGACAAUAGUGAACUUUCUUUUUAUUUAAAAACUGUAACAAGAUGAGUAAUCAUGUCAUGUAUAUCGGAUGCUAACAGUACACACUGCUUGAUAUUCAUUGCAUAUGUUUGGUAAUAAAAUUGGCAUGAAAACAAAUGGAUGUUAAACAAUA